AUGAACCUACGUGACGAUCGACAAGAAAAAUACCAAGAUAUUUUCGUCACGAGCUUACGUGACGAUCAGCAAAAUGAAACUAUGAAACCUGAUGAAAUUGAACUCACUAAAAGCCAGUAUAUAGAACAAGGAUUAAUAAAAGAAUUACUUAGUGACAUCCCCAUCAUAUCAUCAGUAAUAAUCCCAGAAUAUCGACCAUUUCAAAUCACAAUACAAAGCUUAGAUUUAGGAAUUACAGAUAAAACUGCUAGAACACAAUUAUACAAGGAAAUAUUAAGCUAUCUACUUGGUAUUACAUUAGGAAACUUGCAUAUGAAAACUUUAAGAGCCAAGAAAAUUCAGAUGUUAUUUGGAAAAUAUGGAGUUGGAAUAGAAAAAAUUAAACAAGUUACCUACAACUAA